UCAAUAUGAAGAAGGUUGUCGGAUGACCUAUCCAUUGGCCACUGAUAUCUUCAAAGAAUUAUUAAUAUAUUUACCACGUUUUGGUGCCUAUAAUAAAUUUUUAUAUUUUAAAUUAGUUUGAUAAGUAGUAAAUAAAUAAAAAUGGCUUUAAAUCCAGCAUAUGAAGCCAUUGGUAAAGGUUUUGUACAGCAAUAUUACGCUAUGUUUGACGAUCCAAUGCAAAGGCAAAACUUGGUGAAUAUGUACAAUACGGAAAGUUCGUUUAUGACAUUCGAAGGAAUGCAAUUACAAGGCUCUAUAAAAAUUAUGGAAAAAUUAAAUGCAUUAACGUUUCAAAAAAUUAAUAGAAUUAUAACAGCAAUUGAUUCUCAACCAAUGUUCGAUGGAGGUGUUUUAAUUAAUGUACUUGGUAGAUUACAGUGUGAUGAAGAUCCACCACAUGCCUAUACUCAAGUAUUUGUUUUAAAACCACUUGGAAAUUCAUUCUUCCUUCAACACGAUAUCUUCCGUCUCGGCAUUCACGAUACUGCGUAAACACACACAAUACAACACAUUUAUAACAUAUGAUUUGGUGGAUUCGAUUGUGUGGGUGAUUUCACAAGAACAUUACCUGCCUCUAUUAAUUCUAAUAACUGUUAUUUAAAAAUUCGAUACAGACGUAAAUAUGAUACCUCAAUUUGUAUAAUCAAAAUACAACAUAUUGCAUAAUAAAAAAAAUAUAAGGUCUGUU